AUGGCUAUGCCAUUUAUGCGAUGCCAUGCUAUGCUAUGCUAUGCUCUGCUACGCCAUACUGACACCGAAACUGACUCGCUCGUUCCAUCCUCCGCGGCUUCGAUGCACGCACUGUACGUACCUAUAUUUAGAAGUAACCGUGAGGGCGGUCCAGCCGAGAGCGAUCAGCAGCAGCAGCAGCAGCAGCAGCAGCAGCCGCCGAGCCCGAGAAAGCCUGAAACUGCAACGGGCUCAGCUCAGCCCGGCUCGCUUCCGGGCCUCUUCCCCAUUGCUGCGACGAGACAAGCCUCGAGAGAGUCCCGCUGGCGGAAUCUUUUACUACGAACGACGACGAAGAAGAAGACUACUACUACUACUACUACUACACUACCACCUUCACUAUCCCGUAUCCCUUCGAUCAACAUGCCCGCUCUCGACCCGCAGCUGGUUCAGGCGCUAGCCGAGCGCAGCGUGCACCUCGUGGCCCGGCAGCUGCAGCAGCAUGAGAUACUGGAGGCGACCAUCGUCUCGCGGCGGAGGCGACGACGGCGUCUCCAGCCUACGGACGGACGGGUGGUUAUCGAGAAGCGAGCGGGCGAGCGAGCGACGGUGUUUCUUUGCUUGGGUUUGGGCUGGGGGAGAAGGGAUGGGACUGGGUGGAGGCCCUGGGAGAUGUGUAAUCAAUGGGAGGGAAAAUGGAGUGGGAAUAGUUGUCCACGGGGGCUGUCAACGGGAGAUGGGGAUGGGGAUGAUCAGAGACUUGAGGAUGCGGCCCAGAUGCGGGCUGACGUCGGUCAUGGGGGCGGGAAAUUUUCUUGGAUUGUGAACUUCGAAGGAUGGCAGAGUGAUAAAUCACUUGUCACCACAACGCAGACGCAACCCCAGAUUCAAGACACCAAACCUCAGACGAAAAGCAAGAAGAGACGACCAUGUGUCUCUUCUCCGCCCCCGCGAAGAAGCACCACCGCCGCUCCUACGUCGAGGAAGUCUACGUCGCGCCGCGUCCCGUGUCCCGACACUCGCACCGCUCGCACCACGCGCACCACCACCACCCGGGCGGCGGGCCCGGGAGGUCGUCGUACACGUCGGUGA